CAGGUCGUAGCGCUUCGAUGGGUCCAAAGGAACAUAGCCGCUUUUGGCGGCAAUCCCAACAGCGUCACUAUAUCUGGCUACAGCGUCGGUGGAUUGAGCGUGUAUUUGCACAUGGUCUCGCCGAUGUCCAAGGGACUGUUCCAUCGGGCGAUCAUAAUGAGUGGCUCGACAAUGAUAGAACCGUUCCCGACCGAUCAGUUACACUUGGCGAAAAAGCAAGCCGAAUUAUUAGACUGCCCGACCAACACCACUGAAUCUAUGCUGACUUGCUUGAAUUCUAAGCCAGUGGAAAACUUCACAGAUACCAUACCCCAGUUUUUUGAGUGGUACAAUGACCUAAUCUUAGUGUGGACACCCGUAGUGGAACCUGAGAUUCACGGUGUAGAAAGAUUUUUGCCAGAACAGCCCAGUGAGCUUAUUAGAAAAGGGAAGUUUCACAAGGUACCGCUGAUCGCAGGAAUUACUGAAAACGAGUUCGACGGUGUCAUCGUCUUUGUCAUUGAGCAACACGGACUCGGUAAUGAUUCAAUGGUGAACGACUUGAACAAUGAUUGGUACAGAUUCGCACCAAUUAAUUUCAUGUACGAACGGAAUACAUCACGAUCCAGGCACAUAAGUACCGAACUACGCCAAUUUUACUUUGGUGACAAACCGAUCGGUCCAGAAACUUACGACGGUCUCGCACACAUAU